UUUGGCCAAAAGCCAGCCAUUGCUCACUCAGCAUUCAGCUAACAAUCAGCACAGUUCAGAGCCAAAAUGAAGCUCAGGGUAGUACAGAUCUUCCUGCUGGCCUCUCUAUUGGGCCUGUCUUCCAUACAGGCCGUGGUGGUUGGAGGCUCCCAGCAAUUGAUUAAUAAUAAUAGGAAUGGCUAUCGUUAUAAUGGUCCCGCUCACAAAUAUUUGCCCGCCGAGGAGCCUCAUCAUCAGCAGUAUCAUCAACAGGAGGAUCAGCAUCACCAGCAGCAAGGACAUCCCCAGGGCUUCAAUGGUCCUUUCCAUAAGGAAUACUAUGAGGGACAGCGGCAGCAGGAGCAACAGGAGGAAAACUCCUGGCAAUCACUCUUCUCACAGCAGCAGCAACAUCAUAAGCAGCAGCAACAUCAUCAGCAGCAGCAACAUCAUCAGCAGCAGCAGCAAGUUCUUGGCCACCAGCAACACCAUCAUCUUAACCAGAUCUCUGGCUAUCAGCCACACCAAGAGGGUUCUCUGCAUCAGCAACAUAACCAGAUCUCUGGAGGACAUCAUCAGGAGGGCUACAACAGCUACCAGCAACAGCAGCAGCAGCAGCAACAUCAACAGCAACAUCACCAGCAACUAAACCAACAUCACCAGCAACAUCACCCACAGAUCCCUGGAGGACACCACAAUGAGCACUCCUAUGAGCACCAUCCAGGUCUUGGCCAGCAAAAUCAUCAUCAUCAACAAGUUCAUGGAGGUCCAGGAGGUCUAGGAUCUUCUGAAUCCUGGAACUCCAACCAAGGACAAAGUGCUCACCAUCAGCAAGAGAAAGAAUACUUGCAGCAGCAACGUGGUGAGUCCUGGCAGCCAGGAAAUCAAGGAAGCCUAGGAGGACCAGAGUCCUGGAACUCCCAUCGUGGACAACCUCAGCAUCAUGGUGAAUCCUGGCAGCAGUUGGGAGGUUCAGAGUCCUGGAACUCAGAGCGGCAGCAGCAGGGAGGUCAUGGAGGUCCAGGAAACUCCGAAUCUUGGAACUCCCAUCGCGGACAGCUUGAGCACUCCCAGCAACGUGGUGAAUCCUGGCCAGGCUCCAGCUAUGGACACCAGCAGCAGCAACACCAUCAUCAUGACAGCUUGUGGCAUCCCAUCCAGGAGCACGAGUUGGAGAAGCUCCCUACGGCAGAGGCUCAUGCCAGCAGUCAGAAGACCUUUGCCAAGCCAGGUGGAGAUCUCAAACUGGUGCCUAGUUACACCCUGUCCAGCGAUGCUGAGCACGAUCGCUUUAUUGGACUGGAUGCCCAGGAUACGAGGCUAUUGAGUCAAGGUUUACCUUCGGCUUAUCGUAAACACACCUUUGCCUCGCCGAUAAAACAGCAUCAAGAGCAGCAAUUAGGUGGGUCAACCCCUUCCUCAUCCUCUAACAAGGAUUUUCUGCAAAUGCAAUCGCAUUCAUAUCAAUUGCCCUCGACACACAGCAUCCACAGGGAGUGGCCGCAGCAGGAGCAGCACCAAGGACCUUCCUCCUCCCCUUCCUCGUACUCCCCCUUGGGAGGUAAUCGUCAGUUUUCUGUGAGUGCCUAUGCUCAAUCUUCACCUGGUUCUCAAUCCUCUCCUGGCUCCCAUUCCUCUCCUGCAAUCUAUUCCUCUUCUCCUGGUUCCCUUUCCUCUUCUCCUGGUUCCCAGAAUGGCAUCAACCAUCCCAGCAGAGAGUUUCAGGCGCCUUACUAUUAAAUAAUUUCCCUUUUCCUCUAUAUCAUUUUCCCCUUGAUUCACUUUGGAGCUUCCUCAUCCGCCAUAAGAUCUCAAGUUGAGAGUGAGGGAAAAAUCUAAAAAGAAAAGUCUUUAAGAAACAUAGCCUUCAGCAUUGGCAUUUCCCAGGAAAAGCCUUUAGUUUGAAGUGAAAUUUUGAAGCUAAAAUUGUACAAACUUAUAUCCAUUUUUUUUAUACAUUUAUA